AUGAGAAUAUUGAGACGCGUUUUAUCACUUGCCAGUCGGCCGAUCUUGGCUCAAUCGGCACAAAGUAGGCUAUGGAGAAGUGAAGCAAUCGUCAAUCUAAGAUCUCAUGGCCUUUUUGCUCCAUACGUAGAAUCAGAUUUACAAAACAAAUUCUGGGAUUUCGGUGGAGAUGCAAUCGUUGAUACAAACAAACACAUACGCUUAACACAAGAUCGACCAUCGCAAAAUGGCUAUUUGUGGUCUAGAUUACCAUUACAGGUGCCCAACUUUGAAAUUCAGGUAGAGUUCCAAAUUGACGGAAGCGCAAGCUCUCAUCAUCCUUACGGAGAUGGAAUGGCACUCUGGCUAACCGAAGACAGAGCAGAAACUGGUCCAGUCUUUGGCUCAAAGGAUUACUUCACAGGAGUGGGAAUCAUCUUUGACACAUUUGCAAAUGCAAGACAUCCAUACACAUUUCCACGUAUCAUCGUAACAAAGUUGAACGGUGUCGAACGCUAUCAUAUCGAAAGAGAUGGCGCCGGACAAGAAUUGUACGGAUGUUCGAUCGAUAUUCGUCGAGCUCCAGUCGCAACAAGAGCAAGAUUGACACACGUCAAAGAUGUGUUCACCGAGCUUGCAAUUCACUAUAAAGACUGGGAUCAAUGGGAGACAUGCUUCAAGACCGGCAAUCUAACAUUCCCUGAAAGACCUUUUAUCGGCCUCACUGCAGCUACAGGAGAUGUAUCUGAUGCUCAUGAUAUCAUUAGCGUGCAAACAAGUAGUAUCGUAUACAAACAACGCUCAAGGAAGGAGACCGAAGAGCUACGUGCACAUUUCUUGGGAGAUUCGAAAAAGAGUAAAGGUCGAAAGAGCGUUUCAGGUUGGUGGGGUAAAUCAGGCAAUACUGCUUCAACUGAUUCAGGCGGUCAUGCUUACAAUGGGAAUGCAGGCCCUGGCCUGUUCUCUAAAGCGUUUUGGGGAAUGUUUGGAUUCUUUUGGACUUUGCUCAAAAUUGCAGCUGUUUUGGGUGUGGUGGGAGCUGGUGUUUAUGCAUUUUAUACACGAAAGAAAAAGUAUGAUGCUAAACGAUUUUGA